AUGCAGAACGAAACUUCAGUGGAACUGUUUCGAACUAACAUUGCGCUGAUACGUCGGAUGGCCCGUUUAGUUGGAGCUGAUGUCCUGCAAGAUAACUACCGUCCAAAUCUGCGUACCUAUAGGACCAUGCUGUUCAUAGCUCUGUACUUCGUUUUCCUCAUCUACACUUUAUGGUUUCAUACUUCCGGGUUCCUUCAAAUCCUGAAAACGUUGGCCCCAGUCGGGAUGGGCAUCCAAGGUUUGUACAAGCUGUACAACGUUUUGGCCAACCGUAAUUUCUUCAUCGAACGUGGAGUCUACUUGGAGCUAUUUCAUGAGGAAAACAAACACCACUCCAGGAGCCAGUUGCUUACGGAACGGAUGCGACAAACGUACACCUUGAACAAGUUGCUGCUGGUAGCGUACUUUAUGGCAGUAGCCGGCUACGGGAUGUACCCGUUUUAUUACUACAUUGUAUACCGGGAGAGAAUGCUAGCUAUCAAUGUCCUGGUCCCGGGAAUAGAUUCGGAGAGUGUGGUGGGUUUUUUCGCCACGGUUGUCUUUCAGUUUUCGCUUCUAACGACGGCACUCAUUGGGAUCGCUGCUGCCGAUUCGGCCCUGCUGUUCUACAUGGCGAAUUUGACGGUCUUGGUUGAGGUUUACAAGGGCAGCUUGCAGGAUAUGAAUGACCUUUUGGAAGCGUCCAAACCAGACCUGAAGGCGAUCCGAAAGAGGACCAAGGAAAUUUUCGCUGAACACUACGAAGUCAUAAGCUACCAGGUCGAGCUGGAGAAGGGCUAUUUCGGAUUAAACUUCAUCCAAAUAACAACUUCGGUUGCCUGUUUGGCUAUGAUUUUGUUUCUGUGCUACAUGGACAACUACAUACCGGGUUAUGGUUUCUUGAUUGGAGCGUUCUUUCAACUGUUGGAAUUUUGUCUACUGGGUACGAUCUUCACCGUUCAGAACGAAGAUAUGGUUCUAUCGAUCUACGAUGUCAAGUGGUACCUUUUACCGAAGGAGGAAAAACGCAUGUGGAAUUUUAUGCUUCACAAAAGCCAAAACGCAGUGAAUAUGACAAUCGGCGGCUUGGCGAUUCUCAAUGUCGAAACGUUUGUUGUGGUACGUCGGAUAACGGAGAAAAGAUUAAAAAGGACAAGAAACAAGGGCGAAGCUAUCAUCAUGAAGAUUUGUGUAACUUACGACAAAGAGUCGAUGACAUCCGGAAUUAUCAAUAAUCCCUACAUAACGCCAUUAUGGAGACGUCAAGUCGUUUGUUAA